UGCCAAAGCUAUGCUUUGAAUAUCUCAGUCCAUCCGCCUUCUGGCAACUCGAAACGCUGCGGACGACGAUGGCGACGGAGCCUAUUCCCCCCUCCACCGACCUGCACCAAGGCACUGAGGACAGAUAUCAAAAGAUAGAAGGAAGACGAAACCGUUCUAUUUUUGAACUAUCACCAGACUUCUUCGAUUCGUGUCGCAUCCUCCAGACCCCCUUCGCAUCGCCACUCUCGGUUGCUCAAAAACUCGAAAACCUCUCUGUCAAAGAUGAACGCUAUAACCUCGUGGACGAGAAGAUCGAGAGAGAAGAUAAGAUAUCAGAAGAUAACAGCAUCAUCACCAAUAAUGCAAUGCGAAGAUGGUCUUGCAAUACUUGCAAAGCUGAAUUCGAGUCUCUCAAUGACCAGCGCUCUCAUUUCAAGUCCGACAUUCAUAGGCUAAACAUAAAACUAAGUAUUGCGGGAAAAGACACGAUAAUGGAAGAGGAUUUUGAUGAUGGAACCCCAGAUUCUUUAUGCAAGGAUUAUGAUUUGUCAAGUAUAUCAGCAUCCGAUGAUGAUGAAGACAGAGAAACAGUUGUCAGAAAUGACAUUUGUUGUGGAUUGGGUGGCAAUGUUAAAAAUAAACUGUUCAUACAAUUGCAGACUGGAGAGAUAGUUUCUCUGUGGAAACCUUUACUUCUGAAGGAGUCGGUUCACAUUUUAUUUGAGAAUGAUAAACCAUUUGCGACAAAUGCUAAGGAUGCCAAAAUCUCACAGUACUUGAAGGAAAGGGAAGUUAGUGAAAAGCUCAAGUAUUUAAUCCAUAAGUCAAGAGAUAAUAGUCCGUUAAGGGUUGUUUUGCUCGCAAGAGGUGGGCACUUUGCAGGAUGUGUCUUUGACGGUAAUUCUGUUGUGGCACAUAAAACAUUUCACAGGUAUGUUAUUCGAGCUAAAGCUGGUAAAAAGCAAUCAUCAAAGGAUGGAAGUGGGAAGAUUGCACACUCUGCUGGAGCAUCACUUCGUCGACAUAAUGAACUUGCACUCAAAAGGGAAAUUCAAGAAUUGCUGGCUGCAUGGAAGCCUUAUUUUAUUAAUUCAUCUUGUGUUUUUGUACACGCUCCUUCAAACAAUCGCCAACUGUUCUUUGAUGGGAACAUACCAUAUUUUUCCUGUCAGCAGACUGCCAUUAGGAAUAUUCCUUUGACAGUUCGGAGGCCUACUUUGAAGGAGGCUCGACGAAUAUAUAACUUAUUGACUCAAAUUUCCUUUGAGGUUAAUGAAGAAGCUCCCCUUGACAUAGAAGAGGGCUCAUUGCUAAGUCAAAACACUUGUAAUAUUGGCUUUGCUGAGGUGAUAAAAGAACCAGGACAAAAUUAUGAGAGUAAGGAAAUUACUGAUCAAUGUAUCAAUGGUGGUCCCAGUAUAUCAAGUGAGAGUGGAGUUGAAAGUGAAAAUGAGAUCAAUGGGGUUACUACAUCUUUACAUGAAGCAGCUAAGUCAGGCAAUGUUAAAGAGGUUUUGGACCUUCUAGAACAGGGAAUGGAUCCAUGCAUUAAGAAUGAGAGAGGCCGAACUCCAUAUAUGCUUGCGACUGAGAAAGAAGUGAGGAACACUUUUAGACGGUUUAUGGCAUUAAACCCUGAUAAGUGGGACUGGAAUGCUGCAAAGGUGCCUUGUGCAUUGACAAAAGAAAUGGAAGAAACUCAAGCAGCUAAACAGGCAGAGAAAGAUGCGAAGAAAAAAGCAAGGGCAAAAGAGCUUAAGAAAUUGCGUAAAGCAAGACAAAAGAAGGCUCAGGCUGAGGCUAAUGAAUCAAAAAUUGCUUCAAUCAAGUCAGAAGGUCAACGGCUUGGUUCCAUCUCUACUCCUGGUGGAACUUCUCAAUCUAGUGUCUCAACAAAGCUGUCUAAAGAGGAGGAACUGAAAAGGGCUCAAGAUGCUGAAAGAGAAAAGAGAGCAGCUGCAGCUGAGAGAAGAAUGGCAGCAGCGGGUGCGGUUGAUAUUAGAUCUCGCAACACAUCUGGAACUGACAUCUUAUGUUCUUGCUGCAAUGUUUCACUAACGGGUAAAGUUCCUUUUCAUCGGUAUAACUACAAAUACUGCAGCACAUCAUGUAUGCAUGUACACAGAGAGAUCCUUGAAGAUGGCUGACUGUUAUCUCUGCUCUUCUUCUUAACCUUCUCUCAAUACAACGUCUUGUCUGUUUAUAGAAGAUGAAUUUAUGGCUUUUUCUUUUGUUCUGGGGAUCCAUUCCUCAUAAUUGUAUCAUAGAUCACUUUGUUUUUGUAAUUAGGCAUUAUAUGGUAACAUCCAAUGUAUAAAAUCGCGUGCCAAUAUGGAAUUCAGGGGUUUGUCUCAAUUUUGUUUAAUUGUAUGUCUGGAUGUUCUUCAGUCGAUGUAAAGGAGAAUAAACAGAAAGACCUCUAAAUUAUACUCCG